CUAUCCGCGCUACCGCACACCAUAUCUUUUUCCCCGUUACAUCUAUCAUUGCCGUCUCAGCGGGAGGUGGUGCUGUCGCGAAGAGAUCUGUUCGACGCCAGAUUUCAGUUAAUAUCCGCCGAUGAUGGCGGUGGAAAUGACAAUGAAUCUUCCGAGGUAGACUUCAUCGACGCCCCUUCUGAUCUUGUUCCUGGGGUGUAUGAGGGAGGUCUCAAGACUUGGGAGUGCAGUUUAGACCUAGUCGAAUGUCUGGAUUCCAUCUACGGUCGAGCGAUCUCGAGUACUAUUCACGGGAAACGGAUACUGGAGUUAGGUUGUGGGACGGCGAUUCCUUCGUUGUACCUCUUCCAUUCGCUCUUUUGCGCGGAACCGAGAGCCGACGCUGGUGUUCAUGUUCACCUGCAGGACUACAAUGAGCUCGUGCUCAGGCUAGUCACGAUUCCAAAUGUCAUAUUGGCCUGGUAUAUGUCUCCUGCCUCGUCCGCGUACCGCACACGCGCACUUGCUCAGGGAUCCGACCAGACUGGUGAAGCUGACGACGAGGACUUCGACUCCGCUUCGCUGCCGCCUGACGACCCUUCUCAACCGGGGGAGCUCGCAAUAACGCCCGCCCUGAGAUCCGCUUUCCGCGAGUCAUUGAAGACUCACGGGAUACACCUGAGGCUCUUCUCAGGGGCUUGGUCGACGUUUGGUGUAGAGCAAGCCGGUGGGCCUUACGACAUCUUGCUCACAUCGGAGACGAUCUACCGUACGGCAAGCCUCAAUUCUCUCGUCGAUCUGAUGCAGAAAGCGACAAAAGCUCAAGAGGAAUCGGCAUCUCUGGAAGACGUUACGUCGAGGCUAUCCUUGUCCAAACCGGAUAGCUUGCAGGCCCUUGCAAGCACACAGUACCUCUGUCUCGUCGCGGCAAAGUUGGUGUACUUUGGCGUUGGUGGAGGUGUGAACGAGUUCAUUCAAGCAGUGGAAAGCGCUUCGAGAGGCAGUGUCCAAACGAUUUGGGAGACGAGCCAGGGCGUGAAGAGAUGCGUGAUGAGAGUGCUCUGGAAGUCGUAG